UGAAGGCCAUCUAGAACAUUUAUUAAUAAUAUGGGAAGUUGCUGAAGCACCGAAGAGGACAAGAAUGAUAUUCAGGUCAGUCAGAGGAACCCUAAGAAGAACGAUAAAGGAAAUGCACUGGGAACUGCAGCACCAUCUAAUAAGAAUUUUGUAGUCGAGGAAACCGAUACUCCAGGAAAUAUACUGGAUUCUAUUAAUGAGACUGUGGCUAAAAUUUAUCAUGAAAACAAGGGGUUUAAAGUUGAUGCCCUUUCACUCCCAUAUUUAGAAUAUAAGCCACUUAAAAUUCUUGAGAAUGGAGCUAAAUAUGAAGGACAAUGGAACACCAAAACUAGUGAGAGACACGGUAAAGGAAUCCAAGUUUGGGCAGAUGGCUCCAUGUACGAAGGGCUCUGGGAAAACAGCAAAGCAAAUGGCAAAGGCCGCCUAAUCCAUGCAGAUGGUGAUGUCUAUGAAGGCGAGUGGCAAGAUGACAAAGCUCAUGGUAAAGGUGUCUACAUCCAUACUGACGGAGCAAGAUAUGAGGGAGACUGGAAAGAAGACAGACAAGAUGGCUUUGGAGUAGAAACCUGGCCAGAUAAUGCCAAAUACGAAGGUCACUACAUGGACGGAAAGAAAGAUGGUGCCGGAAAGUUCUUCUGGGCUGAUGGAUCCAACUAUGAAGGAGAGUUCUGUGACAAUAAUAUCCAUGGACAUGGAAUCUACGAAUGGGCUGAUGGAAGAAGAUAUGAUGGUGAAUGGAGCAAUAAUAAAAUGCACGGAGUUGGAAGAUUUGCUUGGAAAGAUGGUAGACAAUAUGACGGACAAUAUAAAGACGAUAAAAAGGAAGGAGAAGGUACAUUUACUUGGCCAGAUGGUAGAAAAUAUGUAGGAGCUUGGCACAAUGGUAAACAACAUGGAAUCGGCACAUAUACAGACUCCAAGGGUAGAGAAAGACAAGGAGAAUGGAAAGAGGGAAAAAGAAUCAAAUGGUUAGGUGAAUAAUUUAAUUCAAAUUCAAUUUAUUUA